AUAUAAAGGCUGGGCAGGUAUAAGCGCACGCGCUGAGUCUGUCUGGCCAGGUGAGAUAGGACCUUCAGCUCUUACUAAAUGAUCGCAUCCCACGUUUGUUGUGAGAAUAUGAACUUUAUUUUAUCUCUUGUGAUCAGAAACCGUGAGGACUAAUGGGGAUUGUUUCACUCUGCCUUGUCCUGCACUUUUGGUUUUGCACUGUCGGAGGGACGUGUUCUCAAUUCAGCGCCUUCUCCUGUGACGAGUGUCUGCAGCUGGGGCCAGACUGCGCCUGGUGCACGCUACAGAAUUUCACAGACUUUUUCUCCAUCGAGGAGAGAUGCGACACGCCGGAGGGUCUUCUUCACAAAGGAUGCUCGGCAGAGAUUGUGGAGUUCCCCGUCCCGAACAUCAAAGUGCUAAAGAAUCAAAGUUUAGGAAAGAAUGCCGGCCACACCAAUGUUUCGUACAUCGCUCCACAGAAGAUGCAUCUCCAGCUUAGACAAGGAAGUCAGCUGAACUUUCAGAUUCAAGUGCAGGAACCAGAAGACCAUCCGGUGGAUAUUUAUUACCUGAUGGACCUGUCAGCUUCUAUGUAUGAUGAUCUGCAGAUGAUCAAAGACUUGGGCUCAGCUCUCUCGAAAGAGAUGGCUAGUCUUACAAGCAAAUUCAGACUGGGAUUCGGUUCCUUUGUGGAGAAACCAACGCUACCUUUCAUCAAGAUAACACCUGAGGAUCUGGCCAAUCCCUGCAGGAGUGUUGAUUUUGACUGUCUGCCCACAUUUGGGUACAGACAUCUCCUGUCAUUAACAAGCAGCACAGACAGGUUUAAUGAGAUCAUCUCGAAACAGCGAGUAUCAGCAAACAUUGAUAUUCCAGAAUGUGGUUUUGAUGCCAUCAUGCAGGCGGCGGUGUGUGGGGACAGGAUUGGCUGGCGAAAUGAUUCCAUGAAGCUGUUGGUGUUUGUGAGCGACGCGGACUCUCAUUUUGGGAUGGACAGCAGAAUGUCUGGAAUUGUUAUUCCUAAUGAUGGGAAGUGUCACUUGGACCGCAAGAAUGAGUAUUCCAUGACCGCCCACCUGGAGUAUCCAACAUUAGGGCAGCUCAUAGACAAACUGGUUGAAAACAAUAUCCUCCUCAUAUUCGCUGUGACUGACAAUCAGAGACAGAACUAUGAGAAUUAUGCGAGUUUGAUUCCUGGUGCCACUGUUGGGGUGUUGGCGACCGAUUCAAGGAACAUUCUGGAACUUAUCAUGACUGCAUAUAAGGAACUGAGAUCAGAGAUUGAUCUGGAGGUUCUGGGUAACACAGAAGGUCUGCAGAUUUCCUUCACGGCACUCUGUCAGGACGGGACCAUCCUACCGGGACAUAAAAACUGCUCUAAUGUCAAAGCUGGUGAUGUGGUGUCAUUUAAUGUGACAGUGGAGUUAAAGAGCUGUCUUGAUGGUCCCCGGCAGUUUUCACUACGACCGGUGGGCUUCCAAGAUGCACUGGAAAUAGAACUGGAGACCCAGUGUGUGUGUAACUGUCAUCAAACCCCUGAACUAAACAGCACCCACUGCAGCCAUGGCCGUGGAGCUUUGGACUGUGGAACCUGUGCGUGUGAUCCAGGCUUUGUUGGGCCAAAGUGUGAGUGCCCGGAAGGCCAGGAUCAAGUCAGUAACUGCAGAUCUCACGAAGGCACAGAGAUGUGCAGCGGCCAAGGCGAGUGUUUCUGCGGCCAGUGCAUGUGUCACCCAUCCGCUUUCGGGCACGUGUACGGGACGUACUGUGAAUGUGAUGACUUCUCCUGCCUCCGGUUCCGAGGAGAGCUUUGUGGAGGUCAUGGGGAGUGUGACUGUGGAGAAUGUGUGUGUCACAGCGGUUGGAUGGGAGAGUUCUGCAACUGUAGCACCAGCAACGACUCGUGUGUGUCCGUGGAUGGAUCCGUCUGCAGUGGACGUGGCAAGUGUGUGUGUGGAAAGUGCGAAUGCACCGUUCCAAGAGCGUCGGGAGAACGUUGCGAAAGAUGCCCGACCUGUGGAGAUAUCUGCGGUUUACACAGGUCUUGUGUGGAGUGUUACCUUAAAGUUAAGGAGUCGUCAGGAGAAUGUGCUUUGAAGUGUAACUCCCUUCAUGCCACAGUCAGCAAUUCCUCAGAUUUUGAGGACAGACGGGCGGCUUUGUGCACCUUACAAAGCGAGGACAACUGCCUGAUGUCUUUUAGUCUAUUGGACAGCGAUCACGGCAGCACCAUCUACAACCUCAAGCUCUAUGACUGUCCCGAGCCUCCAAACGCUCCAUUGAUCGCUUUGGGCGUGUGCAUGUCUGUUUUCAUCAUCGGCAUUGCGCUCCUGGUCAUUUGGAAGUUUCUUGUUUCCGUCCAUGACCGGAAAGAGGUCGCCAAGUUCGAGGCAGAAAAGGCAAAGGCAAAAUGGCAGUCGGGCACGAAUCCUCUUUUCAGGAGCUCCACAUCGACCUUCAAAAAUGUGACCUACAAAAGUGCAGGGCAGCAGAAAAGUGACAUUUCUUAGGCCUACUGAUAAACUGAAUAUUCUGCACCUGUUUCCCAAAACGAUCACUGUUUUAUUAUUAUUAUUAUUAUUUUUUAGUGUGUGUGUGUCAAUGUGUGUUAAUGUGUGCAUGGAAGUUGUCGAACAUGACGUUUAGCGUAUAGUACGUUUUUAUUCCUGCCAGUGAAUUUUGUUUUGAAAAAUGUAAAUAAUUCAAACUGUGUUUCGCUGCUAAACAGUUCUAAUAUUUUAAAACGUAAAGUGCUAAAAUUCAUGUUAAAUCUGGGCACACUGGAUCUUUUUAUAGCUUUGGUUGUGGUUGUACUGUAUUUUGUUUUUGUGUAGUUGGUAUUUUUGGCGUUUGUGAUGGUUAGUCGAGGCUGAGCCUUGAACUGUGUUAAUAAUUCGUGAUUAAUUAUGAUUUUUGCUGGAUCAAAUGUCUCAAAUCUGUCUGUACUACUUUCGUUUUGUAAUAUAUUUUGUUUUCACAC